UACAAAGUGUUAGCCAGCCUAGACGGAAAGAUGUCACCUUACUGUGUCAUUCCAGUCGGACAUGGACACGUUUAGAGAAGAACCAAGCUCGGCCACAAUAACGCGAUACACUCUCGCUUUGGCAGUAGUUGACUGAUGGAGGCUGGCGGUAAUGUUUUCGUGAGCAAACGCUCAUAAAGCUGAUUGACUUGUGUAGCUGAUAUUAGCCAAAGCUAACGUUAGCCAACAGUUGUGAAGAAGCGAACCUUUCAUGAACGUGUUGUGCAAGAGAGAUGCCAUCCCUUCUGGCUUAUUUGGCUUUGUGCGACACGCAGAAGUGAACGGCAUCAAAUGAAAGGUGGUGGAAGUGGAACUUGACCCAUCCAACUGAGUCACCAUUUUCCUGCACAUAAUGGGUUUAAUGGCUCCACUGUAUGCAUGACUUGUUUUGUGUGGCCUGAUGGGGGGACACUGUGGAUAAUACUUUCAUCAGGAUACCAGGAGAGCCAACCCAUGCCCCCACUUUGGAGGGCCUGUCAGAAUGAAGAAGAUAAGCCUUAAGACCAUCCGCAAGUCCCUAAGCAUAAAGGGCAAAGAGGAGGGAGACUUUGUCAUGCUCCAGCAACCUUCAGUGACAACGGAUUUUUCAAAGGAAGAGUCACUUUUUGGGGGCUGCUACACCAAAGAGCUAUCUGGGUGUGACCUUGGUUGUGAAGAGGACAAAGGAGGCCAGAAUAAGAGCCGCUCAAAGAGUGAGAGCCUGAUGGGAUCACUAAAAAGGAGACUGUCUGCUAAGCAGAAGGCAAAAGUAAAAGGCAGUUCCUCUGCCAUUGGCUCAGUGGAUGAUGAUGAUACCUUCUCAUCCUCUUCUGUGCCCAUGAGCUUCAAUGAGGUGAAAGCACAGAGACCCCUUAGAUCUGUGUCCCUACGUAGUCACCAUUAUAGCCCUUCACCGUGGCCUCUGCGCUCCGUUAACUCUGAUGAAGCGUGCGUCAAGAUGGAGGUAAAAGUUAAAGCCAUGGUUCACUCUCCCAGCCCAAGUCCCAACUUAAAUGGUGUCCGGAAAGAAUUUCAUGAUUUUCAAAUGGAAGGGCUCUUUCAGGCCCAAGCAGAAUCCUUAAAGAAUAUUCAACAGCCACAAAACGGGGCGCUGCAUCUAGAUAUCGAUGAAAAUGAUGUGCCUGUGGUGCUGGGGUUGACUCCCCAGGACUACAUCCAGUACACAAUGCCUUUAGAUGAGGGAAUGUACCCAGAAGGGUCCCACUCUUUCUGCCUGAAUAGCUCCUCUCCUAUGGAGGUGGUGACUGAAGCAGACAAUGCGUCCCUCCACACAGACCAGGGACAGGAGGAACAUGAACUGGUUUGUGGGAUGCCUCCAGAUCUUUUCAUGGAAACCUCAGUUAAUAGUCUUUUCAUUGGUUCCGCUGGUGUGAUGCUCCAAAGUUCUCGAGUCGAGGUCCCACCUCCCCUCUUUCCACUCCUGCCGCCCUUGAUGAGUAAUGGCCGUAUUCCAAGGUCUUUUUCAGGGUUCAGCUCUUUGGACAGCCAGGUAGCUGAGAGGGUAAGACACCACCUCAACUUUGACCCAAAUUCAGCUCCUGGGGUCAGUCGGGUGUACGAAUCAGUGCAGAGCAGCGGGCCCAUGGUCGUCACCAGUCUGACGGAGGAGCUGAAGAAGCUGGCGAGGCAGGGCUGGUACUGGGGCCCCAUCACACGCUGGGAGGCAGAAGAAAAGCUGGUCAACUUGGCUGAUGGCUCAUUCCUGGUCAGAGACAGCUCAGAUGACAGGUACCUGCUCAGCCUGAGUUUCAGGUCACAGGGCAAAACCCUCCACACACGCAUUGAACACUCCAAUGGACGCUUCAGCUUCUAUGAGCAGCCUGACGUGGAGGGGCACACAUCCAUCGUCGACUUAAUCGAAUACUCUAUCAGAGACUCAGAGCAUGGAGCUUUUUGCUAUUCCAGAUCUCGCUUACCAGGGUCUGCAACCUACCCUGUCCGACUAACCAACCCAGUAUCUCGGUUUAUGCAAGUGCGCUCCCUGCAGUAUCUCUGUCGCUUUGUCAUUAGACAAUACACACGGAUAGAUCUGAUCCAGAAACUGCCCUUGCCUAACAAAAUGAAAGAUUAUCUGCAAGAGAAGCACUACUGAAGACACAGAUAAGACAGUGGUAGCAAUUUGCACUUUUGUGUUCAGUUAAGAGAUUUAAACCAGGUUUACAGACAACCACAGUUUAGAGAUGAUUGGUUCUGGUGGCUCUUGAUUUGUGUCCAGGUGACUCUGUCACUGUUAAGUCCUCCAUUCCAUGUUUUUUUUCUGCUGGUUUUAGGAGGCUCUCCUUCCAGAAACAUAGGCUAGCACAUAAUCUAUUGCAGAAGUAUAGAAUAGGGAUACAGCCAAAUUGUCUUUGCUGUGCAGACAUUAGUGUUGUCGUGUAACAUCCAGCUGUGCAAGUAGAGCAGAUUUUCCAAGAGUAACCAUCCCCUUUAAAGUUGAGCCUGUAGAGAAAAAAAUUGAAAUCUGAAUUUCAAAAUUAAUUUGAUUAUCAUUCACCAAAUUGUACUUUUAAAAGAGAAAAAAUUAUUGCUAAAAUGAAAAUGUUAAAAUCAAAUGUCAACUUUUCUGCAGACCGACCUAUUUUGAUCAUCUUUUGCUUUUUUUAUUACUUGUCAAAUUGUGAAACAUGAGCCAUGUUUUUCCACAUGUCCAAAUUACAAAUUAGAACAUAAUUUUGCAUUCAUAGUAUGCAAUUUGUCAAAUAGCAAGGGAAAGCUUCAUCAACUGAUGAUGAUCAAUCUAUGAGUUUCUUGAUUUUUUUCUAACUUACAAACUUGUCCAGUGGAUGCAGUUUCUUCCUCAGGCAGUCGCUGACUUGAGUUACAACCGUCUUUCUUCAAAUACAGUUGUGCUUCAGCCUGGUGCAGCCUUUAUAUUGUCAUGUUUCUGGCUUUCAUUUGUAUAAACUUGGACAAUAAUAGACAUGGAUGCUUAUUGGUCGAACAAACGAUGAAACACUAACCACAAAACGAUAUCAAUAAAAAAAACCAGGCCCACAAAAUAAACAUGCUGCAAAAGAUGCCCAAAAUGUGCUGAUCUGUGAGAAGGCUUUAAACAGUUUGGUAAGAGAAGUAACUUUAAAUAGUAUGGCUGCAUGUAGCCUUUAUAUAACGUGCAAGCCUGAAGGUACUGACGAUGCUAGAUUAUAAUGUGCCGUUUGUAAACCGGCAUCAAGAUGAUGUAUAAACCUUUUUGAAGUAUUACCCUUAAUCGUUAAAUCUUUCUGCAUUAGGAAUGUGACAACAACUGCACCGCAGCUCAGGCCUAACUUAGUCACUAUCUGUAAUGCUUGUUCUGCAUGUAGUAACAACGGCCAAUUAAGGGCAACGUAGAGUUACUCUGAAUGAGAGGGGAUGUCCCGGUUAAAGUCUGUUUAAGCGUAACUGAGCAAAAAGCUGUUUAAUGCACAAUUACAUUUACCGCAGGCCGCUUGCCAGUAAAGAAAAUGCCCCUAAGUUUUCCUACAGCUGACCAACAGACAUCGAGUCAGUUGUAAUGAGCUGGACCCAGAUCAAAAGCAGCCCAGAGAAUGUGUGAGCUGAGGUAAAAGGAUUUGGUUAAGUCCUCCUUGCCAUACGGGGGGGUUGCCAGGGUCUCGGCACAUGACACACGUUGCAUCACAGCUGCAUGGCACCAUUAGUGUCAUUUAGGUUUCAAGGACAUUUGCAAAACACUAACAUUUCACCAUCGCUUCUUCACAUUGUCCCCACAGAGCUGCACUCUCCCACACGUUGUCUCUACUUGGCUGCUUGUGCCAGAGUAAAGGGAAGAGCACACAGUAAGCUACGCAAGUGCUUUAUAUGGAUACUUUGACAGGGAAUUGUGUUUUCACAUUAUGAAUGAGCAGCUUCUUUGACAUCAGUGUCCUUUAAAAAGUAUUUGGAAAGUGGUCUCAGACCGCUUUGGUAGGUCGUUAGCGCAUAGUUCUAGUUUUAGUUAUCUGGAAAUGUCGGUGUCUGAGGAUGUUACCAUGAAUCUAGCACAGCAGAAAAUAGAUAGGAACUUUGAAUGGUGUUGCAUGUUUAAAGACUUAGCAUCUUAAGGCUUAAGCCUUUGAGUUGUAUAGGAAUGAAGGAUCUAGGUUGUGUGUUUGGCUGUGUAGAGCGACACUUUUCUGUCACAAACAUUGGCUGGACAUUCUCUGUACAAGAAAUGUAUUUUCUUUUUUGAAUCCUUAUGUGAGUUUAUUUAGUGACAUUUGCCAUCUGGGGGAUGGGGCUGUACAAAAGGAAUGUACGCUUGUUUGAGGCCUCCAUCUGAUCUGCCUGCAGACCAGUUUCAGAAAGCAUGAGAAUCAUAAGAACAACGUUGUCACAUUUUUGCACUUGAAUAUUCUCUGUUGUCAUGCUUGGGUCCUCUCCUGCCUGGAGUUCUCCUUCAGAUGGCAGUUUGAAAAAAAGAGUUAAAGUCACACAUUUGUCCUUAUGUGUUCAUAUAACUGUUUAGAUUGAAACCAGAUUGUUUUGUUUUUGUCAUAUCUGUGGGAUAUAAAGGGGAAGGCACCCGCAUCAUAUCAACGCCUCUGCUAAUGCUCAUGGGCUGUCAAGGAGUCGGAUCAUGGCAAGAAUGUGGAUGUACAUUUUAAAUUUUGUUUUGGGGUGUGUAUUUGUUUCAGUUGAAAUGUGAAAGUAAAAUGUUAGAUUUGUUUUAAAUACAAUGUUCUUUUAAUUGCAUUUCCAUUUUAAUGUACAAUGUGUCACCAGAUUUUGCCGAGCAGGAGCCAGUUUCACGAGGUGUUGCUGCUGUGACAUUUCAAUACCAAUUUAGUUAAUCAUUAAGCAUUAUUGCCUUCAAUGUUUGAUUCCAGAAGUUGAUGCUUGUUCAGACUGCUAAAGCAUUUUGAAUUAAUAACCGCUGUUUAGCACUUAACAAGCUCCGUUUUCUUUUUUCUCCGUGAGUGAAGGUGAUUGUUUACAACACUAUGUUUUAGAAUGGCCCCCUUACUUUCUUUGUUUACGCUCUCUCACAUGAACAUCUUGGUACAAUUUGUAAACUCGUAUUUCAUUUUAAUGUGUUUUUACACAUUUGUGCUGCUUACGGAUAUGAUUGCCUUUCUUGUAUUUAACAACGGGGAAAUAGAAUGUCACCAAUGUAGAUGUAUGUCAACAUAUUGACUUUGGUUUUACUCUUGGGAGAGCAAAGCAGAUUUAACAACAGUAGUCGGUUAAAAGAGCAUUAGUAGCGAUUAGCAAACCCUUUGUAGAAUUACCAGUUCACUCCAGUUUACAUUGGUUGUCAACUGUCGACUUUCCAAAGUAGACGGUCUUUUUGUAUUUUUUUUUUUUUUAAAUCAACAGUGAUUUAUUGCACACUUUGGAUACAGUUCAAGAGUUUUUUGUAUCUGCCAAUUAUAAAUUAUAAAUAAAAAAAACUAUAUUCCAAAAAAUAUAUAUAA